UGGGCUUGUGUUGGCUUUGCUGGAUACAGGGGUUUAAACCCGGGAUAUUUGGGGGGAAUUAGUACUUAUUAAUAUUUUUUACUUUAUUUGUAGAUACAAUUUGUUUAUUUUUUUAAAAAAAGUUGUUUCCCCGGCUCUUGCUCCGGCCCGUUCUUGCUCGUGAAGAGGUGCUGUGUUAUUUUUCCCCUGUGUGUGUGUCUUUUCUGCAGAAGCGGCGGGGAGCUCAGUGACAUGUCCAGCAUGAAUCCCGAGUAUGACUAUUUAUUCAAAUUACUUUUGAUUGGAGACUCUGGUGUGGGAAAGUCUUGUCUUCUGCUUAGGUUUGCAGAUGACACAUACACAGAAAGUUACAUCAGUACAAUUGGUGUUGAUUUUAAAAUCAGGACUAUAGAGUUAGAUGGAAAAACAAUCAAACUGCAAAUUUGGGACACUGCCGGCCAGGAAAGAUUUCGAACCAUUACAUCAAGUUACUACAGGGGAGCCCACGGCAUCAUUGUUGUGUAUGACGUAACAGACCAGGAAUCCUUCAACAAUGUCAAGCAGUGGCUUCAGGAAAUAGAUCGUUAUGCCAGUGAGAACGUUAACAAGUUAUUGGUAGGCAACAAAUGUGAUCUCACAACAAAGAAAGUUGUGGACUACACAACAGCAAAGGAGUUUGCAGACUCUCUGGGAAUUCCAUUUUUGGAAACAAGCGCAAAGAACGCGACAAACGUAGAGCAGGCCUUCAUGACAAUGGCAGCGGAGAUCAAAAAGCGAAUGGGCCCUGGCGCCACAGCAGGCGGUCAAGAGAAGAACGUCAAAAUCCAGAGCACUCCAGUCAAGCAGUCUAGUGGAGGAUGCUGCUAAAAUUGCCCCCCACCCACCAACAGCCCCUUCUCCCUCCUCAGCAGUGAAAUCUCAAUCUGAACCCAAGUGACAAAAAACGAAAAUCGCCUGAAUUGUACUGUAUGUAGCCGCACUACAGCAGAAUCUUACCGUCUCUCCCCAAAGUCAGCAAAACUCAGUACUGACUUUUUUUUUUGUUUUUUGUUUUUUUUUAAUUUUAUUUUAUUUUAUGCCCUUGACUCAAGACAGCUCAACUUCAUUUUCAGAACUGUUUUAAACCUUCUAUCCCAUCCCCCACCUCUACUAUGUGUGCUGGUUUAUCAAUAAUGUGUGUAACCCUUGCUUUACUAAUACCAUAUUGUAUCCCUGUGGUUUGUUAGAAUACCCCCUCCCCCACCCAUGUCCCAGUUUGGUGUUGCUCUUGGCAUGUUUAGGUGUCAGGUUUAGUCUUCUGAAGAUGAAGUUCAGCCAUUUUGUAUCAAACAGCACAGCAAACGGCGUCUGUAAGUUUCCAUUCAUGAAUAAAGUUAAGUGAUAUGUUCUAUGUAAGAUCUGAUUUUGCUAGUUCUUUUUCUGUAAAGUGAUAGGAGGAUUAAAUUGAUUGGCUAGUUUGCUGCCAGAGGCCCCUCCCCCCCAACCCAUAGGGGGUGAAUAGUUUAUUAAUACUCUGCAUAUAAUCUGUGGCCGCAGGACGUAGUUAUUUGUUUCAUAAUGUAAAAAAAACAAUUGAAAUCAUUUAAUAAAUAUUGUACUUAUUGGACGUAA